ACCAAGAUUCAUUCAAACCAUAAAAACAAACUCUUUCUUUCCCCUUUAUCAAUUAUUUCCUCUCCCUCUCACUUCUCUCUCUCUAUGGGGAAGAAAAUAACAACACUAAGAGAUCUCAUAGGCGCCAUUAAAGACAAAGCUUCACAAUCCAAAGCUGCUUUCAUCUCUAAACCAAGUAAUCUAUCUCUCCACCUCGCCGUCCUACGCGCCACCAGUCACACACCAUCAACGCCGCCGGACGACCACCAUGUCUCCGCCCUCUUAUCCCUCGGUAACAGCUCACGCGCCACCGCUUCUUCCCUUAUCGUCAUCAUCAUGGACCGUCUCCACCGCACCGGAGACUCCACCGUCGCCCUAAAAUGCCUCCUUAUUAUCCACCAUAUAAUUAAACGUGGACCCUUUAUUUUACAAGACCAGCUCUCCGUUUUUCCGGCCACCGGCGGACAUAACUACUUAAAACUCUCCGCCUUCCGCGACGGCGCCACCUCUGCCACGUGGGCAAUCUCUGCAUGGAUCAGAUUUUACGCAAGAUAUAUCGAAACCUUACUUUUUACCUCAAGAAUCUUAGGUUAUUUUCUUUCUUCUUUUUCAUGCAGUUCCGAGAAAGAUAAACAAGAAGAAAAAAUCUCAUCUUUUUUGAACUCAGAUUUAAUCAGGGACGUUGAUUCUUUGGUUCAGUUGAUUGAAGAAACAUGCAAAGUACCUGAUUCCCUCCUUUUAGAAGGUAACAAAUUGUUGUAUGAGGUAAUUGGAUUAUUGGGUAAUGAUUAUUUAUCGACAGUUAAUGAACUUUUAUCAAGACUCAGUGAGUUUAAGGAAAGACUGAAUUGUCUGAGUUUUGGUGAAUCGGUCGAGUUGGGUUGUAUUUUGAAGAGAUUAGAAGAAUGUAAAGAGAGAUUAUGUGUUUUGUUUACAGUGAAAAAGCCUUCAAUUGAGUUAUUAUGGAAUUUGGUUAAUGAGUUGAGUGAGAAAAUUGAGAAUUUGAAAAUUGGAAAAGAGGGUCCAAAGUUGCUAACGUUUGGGAAAGCAAGUGAGUCGGCUCGGUUUGAUAACCGAGUUAUGAAAUUUGGUGACUCGAUCCGGUUUUCUUCAGGAAGGUAUGAGAUGAAUAAUCUUUCUCUUAUGAUUGUGCAAGGAAAGAAAAUGGAAAAAGUUCAAUAAAUUGGAGAAUUUUUUUUGGUUGGGAACAAAGAAAAUUCAAAGCAAAACUUUUUGGAAAUUUUGAAAGGGAAAAGUGCGCUCUUGCCUUUUAUAAUUUUCAAAAUUUUACUGCUCAAGUUGGGAUUUUUCAUUAAAGGAAACUAUAUAUUUUGGAGUCCCUUUUUAUUUUGCUCUUUUUCGUUCAGAGUGAUUUUUUGUUAAUAUGGUAGAGUUUAGUUUGUGGCAGUAAUAGCAUAUUUUGUAACAAUAUAUCAGAACUGCUAGAAUUUUUUAUUGAAUUUGAUAUAUUCCCACCAACAUUUUUGUACAUACAUAUAAUACUUGUAUCCCAAUUUUUGGAA